UGCGCACAGCAAACAGGAGCGUGAGAGUGCCAAGUCUAGAUAUUUACCCGCCAUCGGUGUGUGAUGCAGAGGCGAUGCCGAGCGGGUGGAGCUCUUGCCACGCCACGCUCCCGCCUCCCCGGCAAACAACAACACACACUAGCUAACCUUCACGCCCGCCGAGCGCCGAGGCCAGCAUAUCCUAGCAGUAGCACGUUGUAGUUGCAGACGACGCGCGCGCCGGUAGACGCCAUCAUGCAGGAGUUCCAGUCGAUCCCAGGCCUGGCCGGGCGUCUGUUCGGCGGGGCAGGGGCCGGCGACCUCCGGCGCGCGCAGGCGCAUGCGCAGCAGGGCCCCGGGGCGCGGUGCGGCGGCGUGUCGCCCGCGGCGCCGCCAGAGGUGGUCAAGUGCCCGCGGUGCGAGUCCACCAACACCAAGUUCUGCUACUACAACAACUACAACCUGUCGCAGCCGCGGCACUUCUGCAAGAGCUGCCGCCGGUACUGGACCAAGGGCGGCGUCCUGCGCAACGUCCCCGUGGGCGGGGGCUGCCGCAAGACGAAGCGCGCGUCGUCGUCGUCGUCCGCCACGUCGUCGGUGCCGUCCACGCCCACGUCGGGGUCGGGCGACGCGGCGGCCAACAAGAACCCGCGCCGGGCCUCGGCGUCCUCGCCCCGCUCUACCAACAGCGGCAGCGCGAGCCCCACGGCCGCCGCCGCGACAACGCCGACGCCGGCCCCGACCACCCCCGCCACGCCGUCGUCGAACAGCAGCGUCGCCGUUUUCACGACGAGCAGCCACCACCACUCGAGCCCCUUCUCCACGAUCGACGUGGUGGCGCCACCGGCGCCGAUAUUCGCCGAUCAGGCGGCGGCGCUGGCGUCCCUCUUCGCGCCACCGCCGCCGCCGCCGCUCCCGGUGUUCACCUUCGCGGCGCAGCCGAAGCAGGAGGAAGCGCCCACCACCACCUCGGAGCUGCAGCUGGUGGCCGGGCUGUCUGCUGCGGCGCCGUCCUCCUCCUCGGUGGUCUCCGAGGACAUGGCGCCGUUCGCGUCCCUGGACGCGGCGGGGAUAUUCGAGCUCGGCGACGCCGCGUCAGCCGCCGCGUACUGGAACGCCGGGAGCUGCUGGACGGACGUCGUCCAGGACCCCAGCAUGUACCUACCCUAGCUCGUUUGGUUUAGUUACCUAUCGCGAUCGCUAGAUUAAGCCGUGGUUAAAUGCUUCUUAACGACGACCACGAGCUACUACACUACGUCUCCCUAAUACUAGCUACUCCCAUGUCCACGCUCUCUGCUGCCUGCCCUGCCUCUCUCUGUAACUUUUUUUUUUCCCUUACUCUUGUUUAUUUAUUGGUAAUUUGGCUUCACACAGGCUGCGUCUAGAAAGCUAACACCUGUGUGCCCUGUCUGCACUCUGCGAGUGCAUGUGGCGGAUCAUUGCCGCGGUGCGAUGGAAAUAUUAAUUAAUCGCAUUAUUAUUGGUUUUUUUACUCUU